AUGAAGGCUCUCCUGACUCUGGGGAUCCUCUUGCUUUCUGUCACUGUCGAAGGCAAGGUCUAUGAACGCUGUGAGUUUGCCAGAAUUAUGAAAAGGAAUGGAAUGGCUGGCUACUGUGGAGUCAGCCUGGCAAACUGGGUGUGUUUAGCUCAACACGAGAGCAAUUACAACACACGAGCUACAAACUACAACCCUGGAGGCAAAAGCACAGACUAUGGGAUAUUUCAGAUCAAUAGCCGAUACUGGUGUAAUGAUGGCAAAACCCCAAGAGCAGUGAAUGCAUGUGGGAUACCCUGUAGUGCUCUGCUGCAGGAUGACAUCACUCAAGCCAUACAAUGUGUGAAGAGGGUUGUGAGGGAUCCCCAAGGUGUUCGAGCAUGGGUGGCAUGGAAAGUACACUGUCAAAACCAAGAUCUGUCCAAGUAUAUUCGGGACUGCGGAGUCUGA